AUGUCUAUGAAACCUAAGAUCAAAAGCUUUUUUGGAGCUUCAAGACAAUACGUUGUUACAGGGGCAUCCAAUAAUCCGUCCAAAUUUGGCUUCAAAAUUUUGCUGUGGUAUGUGAGCCACGGUCUAUCUGUGGUUCCUAUCAACCCUAAGGAAAGCGAGAUUCUCGGCCAACAAGUAAUCAAGUCUGUCCCGGAGGUCAUGAAGGCAUUAGGUGCUAAAAAAGAUUUAUCUCAGUACAAGCUUUCUGAAAAGGAUGGACUCAGUAUUUCUUUCUUGACUCCACCCCACAUCACUAUCCAGACACUAAAGGAUAUUGCUGAGGUGCCAGACUACAAGUCUCUCAUUAAGGGAUUAUGGUUCCAGCCAGGUAGCUAUGAUCAAGAAGCCUUAGACACAGCUGAAGCCUUAGGCCUUAUUGAUAGAGUUGUCCACCAAGAGGAGUGUAUUCUUGUUCGUGGAGAGGAGGGGAUGUACAGCGCCAACUUGUGA